AUGGAAGAUUUUAGUUAUUACGGUAGCUGUCGUUGCGUUGUCGUAGUGGCAGUCGUCGAGGCCUGGUGUCCACCACCUCUGUUGUGCCCCGUCAGGCGGGAAUCCUCGGCGGAACAGAUCAUCCAUCUCGGCACGACCCGCCCUCGGACGGACGGCAGUGGCCGCUCGGCCAGCCGCUCGUUCUGCCCGACGCUGCGUCUCCUAGCGCGCACGAGUCCGCCCAACCGGCAUCCAUAA